CGGUCGACCGCCGCGCGGCGCUUACGUAUCCUACUUCGCGGCGUCCGCUUCACAAUACAAAGAACACCUUAAUUUUGAAUAAAAAUGUGAUGUAUUGAUUAAUUUGAACUUUUCAUGAACACAAAAAGUAUAUUCGUGCAUUUCAUAACGUUCUCCUAACGGUGUACAGUGUUAAAAACGGUUUUUAAGUCGCGUUUUCACGGAGGGCCACGUCCCAUGGAAUUCCACAUUUAUCGAUGAAUAGAAUCUGGCGUGCGGACAGAGAAACAUGGUGGACUUGUCGCGUUGAAAAGUGAACGAAACUUUGUGUUUUAUGUGAUAAAUAUAUUAAUAUUACGAUGGAAAUCGUAUGGGUGAAGUGUAUUUGUUAAUAAAUAUGGAUCGGUGUGCGUUUGCUAUACGGAAAGUGUAAGAACGCAUCCUCUGUGUCUUCGAUCGGAUAAUGAAACUUUGAUAAACCUGUCAGAAUGGUGACCCUAACUUCUUUCGGAUUGAGACACACACUUUGGACUGUUAUAGUUCUGGUUUUCUUCAUGGAAAGCGCGAUGGGUAACUUCGCUAAAUCAUUCUACAUCCACUGGAAUACGACCAACAGCAUAUUCAGGAUCGACAAUACAGAUCACGUUUUCGAUCUGAAUAAAGGAAAUGCACAAUUUGAAUAUGAUCAAGUUAACAUAAUAUGUCCUGUUUAUACACCCGGUACAUACGAGGAGGAUACCGAGAAAUAUAUAAUAUACAAUGUUAGCAAAGAAGAAUACGAUACGUGUAGAAUAACGAAUCCAAACCCACGUAUUAUAGCUAUAUGCGAUAAACCACACAAAUUAAUGUUUUUCACUAUCACAUUUCGACCUUUCACACCUCAGCCGGGCGGACUGGAGUUUCUGCCCGGCAAAGACUAUUAUUUCAUAUCGACGUCCAGCAAGGAUGAUCUGCAUCGACGCAUCGGCGGCCGGUGCCUAACGAAUAAUAUGAAGCUGGUCUUUCGCGUUUGCUGCAAGCCCGAGGAUCAGUCUCCGGUACCUCCGCCGCAGCCGACCUUGCCGCCUCCACCCCCGCCGCCGACGACGUCCACGACGACCACGACGACGACAACAAGCAAACCGGUCACCAAAAAGACGCACAAAUAUGACAAAGCCGAGAAUGAGGUGAUUAAGAGCGAGGAGCUGUCUCAUUCGCGCGGGGCAGCGCUGGCUUCGUCUCUCGCUUUGGCCCUGGCUGCUAGCGCGGUUCUAGCCCCACUGGCUCGGUGAAUGUGCGCCAGGGCGGCGCGGCCACCCCGUCCGGACCUCCGAGACAAGCCCGGUCCAGCUCACGCCACGCAGACGCUUCAGACCCUACAUCUUCGUCCCGACACUCUAGUCUAUACGUGAACUUCCUAGAAUAGUGGUGUGAAAUAAACUAGUGCGGUGGCUAAAAUGCCCAAUGGAUUGUGCAUAAAACGGAUUGAUAAAUGGGAUUUUGGAUUUUUGUAAGUACUAACUAAAAUGUGAGAUGUUUUCAUUUGGGGAGUCGACAUGAAUAACUGAAUAACGUUCAUCAACAGUGUUAUUAUACGUCAGUGGAUAAUAGUUCCAUAUAAAUAUUUACGUAAAACGAAAUUAAGAAAAAAAAACAUUAGUCGCUAAGGAACAUUUAAAAUAUCGAGCCUAAAUUUGUAAUAUUGUAAUAAUAAUCGGGCCUACAAAAUAAUCGAAAUGAUAAUACUAUAAUUAAAAAAAAAACACUUGGUUUUCGUCUGCAACAUAACGUAGUUACGACUUGAGUUGUAUAUUUCUAGUAAAAAAAAAAACGUUAAAAUGUAUAUUAAUGAUAAUUAGGUUUUAUAAACCGUUAGAAAUUUAACGUUAUUUUUUUUUUUUCGAUAUCGCAACGGUGAAUAUUCGUGUAAGGUCUGUUGUGCUUAGUGCGAGUUAUUUAACGUUUUCGAUAGCGUAAAAGUUAACUAAAAUUUAUAUGAAGUUGUAACGUUUACCUACGUUUGCCGCUAAGGGCGCUGUUCCAAAUGCAUACAAAUUUGAGUUAACUUUUACGUUAUCGAGAACGUUAAAAAACUCGCACUCGGCACACACGUCUAGUGAUCUGUUGGAUCGAUUACGGUUAGGGAAGCCUUUAAAAAUAGGUAGUUUUUUUUAGUUAAAAAGACAUUUCUUUUUUUUUUAUAUUCCCCUGAUAUUUAGUAUUUUACGAUAAAAAAAAAUUCGGGGCGAGUUUAUGAAUCUUGUCCAGGAAUUAACUGUGAUUUUCGGUUUUAUUUUAGUAUAUAAUUUUUAUCACUACUAUGUAUGCUUUUAAUUAAUUAUGUGAUAUACCGGAAUGUAUUAAAAUAAUGACAACGUAAAAGAAAGAAACAAAACGCGACUGAUAUUGCAUUUUACCUUUUUUCAGUUGUAGAAAGAAAAGAAAAAAAAAACCCGCGAAAUCGAACAUUUCAAAUACACUUUUAGGUUAUGUGAAAGUUUUUUCAUCUUUUUAAUUUGAUUUCGUUUUAUUAACAAUUGACGUUGCUCAUCUUGAUUGUUAAUGAAAUGUAAUUUGAACUGUGAUUAUAUUCACGUUUUGUAAGCACGCCACCAUUUACAACAGUAAGCUGAGGAGAUAUCAGGAAAUUGUGUAAAAAAAUAAAUAUAUCACAAUUUUUUGGUGUCCAUUUUUGAUUAGUCAAAUAAUAGUUUAGUGGAAAUAGACCGGUUUUCAGUUAGACAUACGCAUUUAGUGACAGUUUCAUGAUAAUUUUAGAUAGUUUUUAAGAAUGAAAUUGUACAGCACGGUGGUUUUCAAACUGUUUCGUGAAAUUAGAAAUGACGGAAGCGAGCGGGCAUAUUGACUGUAUUGAAUUGGUGAACUUACUUUUAGCUUCAACUAUCCCGGCUCUGGUUAAGACUGCGUUUUUUUUAAAGCGUUUUAAAACCGCUGUAGUUCCGUUGGAAUUUUUAAAUGCUGAGUCCAAAUGUUGGAUCGGAGUAUUGGCGUACAUGCUCCGCGUGAGUUGACUUAUUUGUACACAUUUUCGACUGGUAACAAGAGAAAAUCUUUAUUUGCCGCGGCGGAAUGUGGAAUGUUUAAAAUAAACUUGGCAACUCUUGAUAAAUUACUUAUAAUACGAGUAAGAAGCCAUUUUUUCUUCGGUAGUUAAAAAAGAGACAAAACAAUUACAGCCUAAGCUUAAAUUACCGUCAUUUUUACUAAAUACACUAUCCAAUGAGGAUGUGGCAUAUUCUCUAGAGUAUAUUCACAAGUACAUUCUGUGGUAUAUUCACAAAGUCAAAGAUACGAAGACAUCAUUUUUAAUCGAAAAGAAGACUAGUGUUUCCGUCGGUUUUCGCGAAUCGUGAAUAUAAUUAAAAUAACUUUUACCGUUUUUCAUUGUCUUUACAUUAUAACCGACGCUUUGAAAUACUUUACAGUUUUCGUGGUUACGAACGACAUACGUCACAAAUAACAAUAUAAAAUGCGAGAUUAAACCUUAAAAGUAGGUACUUUUAGUUGUGAAUAGAAUGGUUACUGGUGGUAGGACCUCUAGUGAGUCCGCACGGGUAGGUAUCACCCGCCUAUUUCUGCCGUGAUGCAGUAAUGCGUUUCGGUUUGAAGGGUGGGGCAGCCGCUGUAACUAUACUGAGACCUUAGAACUUAUAUCUCAAGGUGGGUGGCACAUUUACGUUGUAGAUGCCUAUGGGCUCCAGUAACCAUUUAACACCAGGUGGGCUGUGAGCUCUUCCACCCAUCUAAUAAUAAAAGAACUUAUUGUAUAUUACUAUAGUACUUAUCUAUUUAAAUGCUUAAAAUUCGCUCAAGCGAAAUAAGUCAAUUUUAGAGACAACGAAUGAUUAGAAAUUCGUCUUUGGUUAAUGUCAUUGUCAAAUUACAUAGCUCUGCUAUCAAAAUGCCUAGUUCACUUCUAAUACGUUUUUUUUGGUUUUUUUUUUAAAGUUAGCUUUACAUAAUUAUUACGUAAUUAGUUAUGACGUCAUGUUCUCUGUGGUACACCAAGUGUUCGAUUACUUGGAGAGAGAAGUUUUAAAAUUACAGAAUUUUGAUCAGAAGACGGUAAUAUUCAGGAAACGGUCGGAUUGAGGCUUAACAAAAAUCGCACUACAGCACAUUAUAAUAAAGUACUUAUUUGUAGUGUUAAAUUUUGAAACUAGAAAUAGACAUUCGAUCUUAAAUCGCUAAGAAGACGUUGAGGCCUAACCCUAUAUCAACUGUCGGACUUAGAUUCGUUUCAUACAAUGUGUGAAAAUUGUUUUUAAACUCCACACACGGUCCAGAUAUUCGAUUUAAUCAACUGGGUACAAGUUUUUCUAUGUUGCUAAUCUAGAAAGUUCUCCGAAAAUUGCCACGAUGAAGGAUUUUUUAUUUGUGACUUAAAAAUCCAACCUCAAACUUUUUAUGCCGCCCGCGUUAUACAACCUUGACCGUUCCUGCCGCGUUAUACAACCUUGACCGUUCCUGCCGCGUUAGAUUCAAGCGUUCCAAAUGUUUAUCUAUACUUCUAUACUAAUAUUAUAAAGAGGAAAGAUUUGUUUGUUUGUAUUGAAUAGGCUCCGAAAAUACUGAACCGAUUUGAAAAACUCUUUCACUGUUUGGAAACUACACUAUUCCCGAGUGUCAUAGGCUAUAAUAUUUUUUGAAAAAAAUUAGGGAGCCUUACUAAAACUCCAAUAAUAUAACCCAAGGUGUAAAAAUAAUACCUAAAAUAUUCUUUACAUCGUGUGCCCUGCGAAAACUAUUGAUGAUAGAACAAAAUAAUAUACUACGACUUUGUAGAACACAUUAUUAUUUACAAAAAGUUUCAGCAUAUGUCUAACUAUGUAGUUAUGCCGCAAUACGUGUUCUUUUAUUUAAACAAAUAAAAAAACAGCGUUGAAAUUUUUGUUAAAGACCCGAACGGAGCCGGAGCGGGUCGCUAGUUAAUUAUAAUACCAUUGAAUUAUCAAUUGAAUUCAAUAAGAGGCGGCAAUCAUAUGCUCCGGGUGCCAAUCGUGUCCUAUUAAAGAUAGGACAUAUUAUACAACAAAAUUGUGACUACCCACAGUACCCACCAAAUACGUUUACUAUAUAGAGAAUUUGAAAAAAAAAAGAAGCUAAUUCCAAACUAAAAAGGGACAUAAAAACAAGAAAUUAAAUUCGAAUAAUGUCCGCUUCGGAAUGUCCCCGACCUAAUGCAUUGUUCUGUAAACAAUUAAUCUAUAAAUAAAACUUAAAAUUUCAAUGUUGUGUUCAAGCUAAUGUUAAACAUGAACAUAUGUUAAUUAGAAAACUGUGAAAAUACAUCACAUGUCUUGAUUUAGGCUAAACGGCAAAUGAAUUGAGAAAAUUUGAUAGAGAGAUUUAUUAACUGUAUCAUGACUCUGAUGAAACUUCAAGGUAAAUAAAACUAGCGUUAGAAGUGCGUUUAAUACCGUUAAAGCUGUCGUGGAAGCUAAUAAAAGCUGUCUUCGUCGAAAUGUUAUGAACGCGUCGAAACUUACGGGAAAAAAGCGCUUAUGGAACAAAAGAAAAUGCCUAAAUUUAGCUACCCCUGGUCGCAGUGAGUUCGUAUUGAUGGAUCCGCAAAACACUAAUGAUUACCUGAACAAUUAACGAUUUUAAAAUCACAAUUCGUCUUUUCGCAUUAAAACUGUAUAAUCUCAAAACUUACUAAUUUUACAGGAGAAUGUUUUAAAGCUUUAACAUGUGAUAUUUUUUAAUAUUAAUCAUCUUUGCAACAUCUAUUUUUUAUUUUUUACCAGUUACAUUUUCUGUCUUUUAAAGUAAAAUAAAAUUUUGUAUUAAUUUUGUUAGUAGUAGUCAAAACAUAGGUAACUUAAAAAAAAAAAAAAACUAAACUACACUCUUUUCACAGUAUUUAUGAGAAAAAUACUGGUGAUACCAAAUGAUUCCGCAUAUUAACUCAAUUUCGAAUAUUUUUAGAAAUUGUACACUUUUAAUGCCAAAAGACGAAUUGUACGCUGUAAGUAAUGGGAAAUGGUCAUUGAAAAUUUCACAUUCGCCAUUGGUUUCCACAAGGCUUUAUUAAUGACAUUUACGAAAAGCAAUAGAAUUACAGCCCUUUUAGAUUUCGUAAAGCACUUUCGUGACUAGACAUAGAUCAAUCGUUUUUAAUAAUUAAUCACGCUAGAAGCGCUUCGCGGUAGAGCUGGUUGUUUUUUUUUUAUUAUAGGAUCCAAAAAUAUAUCUAUAAUUUUACUUUAAUUAUCUUCAGUACAUAUAAUAAAAUCGUAAUCUCUAUAUAUAAAAAUGAAUUGCUGUUCGUUAGUUUCGCUAAAACUCGAGAACGGCUGAACCGAUUUGGCUAACUUUGGUCUUGAAUUAUUAGUAUCCAGAGAAGGUUUACAAGACUUUUAUUUGUCGAUUGAGGCACUACGAAGCCUGCCGUGUCAGCUAGUUAUAUAAUAUAUUUCUUCUGUGCGUGUGUUUGUCACUGAACUCCUAAGCGGCUGGACCGAUUUUAAUGAAAUUUUCUGUGUACCUUCAUGUGGAUUCGAGAAUGGUUUAGAUUUACAAAUCAGCCCGGCAGAUGGCGUUGCUGUCCGUAUCUAGGGUAUUUAUCUCUCCUAGAAAUAAUUUAUAUGGCAAAACAAUGUUUGCCGGCCAGCUAGUGUAUUAAUAAUAAUAUCUUUAAUUUUUAUCACUUAUUUUUCAGCGUCGCGUACGCUUUCCCUCAGAAACUUUGAGAUCCGACUCGUCCGACUAACUUUUAAAACUUUCUAAUAAUACAGUCUGAAUAUCAUAAUCUAGAUUCACCAAUUACCAAUGCCAAGACCUCAGAUGAACUGCUGGUUAUCGCAAGCCCGUUAAUACACACGUCAAGUGUAAUUAAUACCUUUUCUGUCAAAAUAAUUUUAACUUAACACGAAACAUAUUGCAUUGAAAAUGCACGUGUCAUCUUAUCGCUUUUGCACAUUAGACUUUAUGACUUUUUCUUACCAAUUAAUCUACUGUUAUUUAUAUUGUUUGUUUUAUAUUGUUUAUAUUGAGUAAUACUUGUCAUAUACCUUUGUGUACCCGCUAUGGUAAAAAUAGGUACCAGUAAGUGUUGGCAUGAUUAGUGUUAAGAAUAGUGUUGUACUCUCUGUGUGUUCCAUAUAAGUGAUUUGGAUUCGAUGGAGAAUUUCCAGAGAUAACCUCAAACGUUUUUUAAUUAUGAUUGAGGGCUUACUGGUGACCCGGGGCCUUUCCAGUUUCACCAGGACAGAUACCUCGAACGUAUCUUUGUCAGAUACAUGGUCUUCUCUUCUAAAAUACAUACUCCUAUUAGCUAUCUGCAAUAUCUGUAAAUUCUACUAAUUUAACAAAAUUUUAAAAUCCGCAUAUAUACGACAAAAGUUUUUUUUUUCUUUUAUUACUAGUAGGCGCAGGUAGACGCCUAAUGUAGAAUGCUUUGAAUGACAUACAUCAUACAUCAUUCGUCUGACAGAUACAGUGCAUCCAUCAGUUUUCAUUAACAUGAAAAAAUCGAUAUUUAGAUUUUCUCGAUAUAUGCGUUAGUCUCACUGACGACUUUGUGAAUAUAACUGAACAAGUUUUGAAUGAAUUUUCUUUAUUCACUUCACAAUCAAACUCGGCUUCGCUCGCAAAUGUUUGAGAUUAAAUCGAUCGCUACCAAAUUUUUUCAUAUAAAACUUCAUCGAAAUCUGUCCAGUCGUUUUAGAGUGUAGGGAACAUAAAUGUACUCAUCUAAUUUUAUACGUAUACUAGCUAUACCCGUCCGCUUCGCUGGGCAUUUAAAAUUAGCAUUAUUACUUCUCAUCCCCACAAAGAUUCUCAUCAUUAACGCCCCCGCAACUGGUGUAGGGAGUCCAACACUCAUAUAAAUAUUAGCCUAUCCAUUAAGUACAUGUAUUUUCUACAUGGAUACCAAGUUUCAAGUCAAUCGGAUGCAUGGUUCAGUAGUUAUAACGGAACAUCCGUAAAAACCUCUGUAGAUUUAUAUAUAAGUAUAGAUAUAUACAGGGUGUUACAAAAUUACCCGUAAAGCCGAAAGCAGGUCAAAUAGAGCCUCAUAACGAAUACAUUCACAAUAUUUAAAAACGGUAGUACUUAAAAUUUCACUGACGUGCAAACCCUAUUUCAGUAAAACUUAAAGAGCACACUACGCAGAAUGGGCCUACAUUUCUACCUAAUUCGCGGAACGAAAAAACAAGUGCGACAAGCACAUGAGUAUAAUGACAUCUUUGUAUUGAGUUAGCAAACAUUUACGAAUGAAAAAUAGAAAAACUAUUAAGUAAAGUAGACGUAAUUACUUAGGUAAAAUAGGUACGUAGGCCUCUCUGUUAAAUAAUCUGGUUCCCUGACAUGACAGCUCACUAGGGUUGACAAAAUUUUUGUCUUUGAUAAUUAAUUACAUUUUUAUGGGGUAUUUUGUAACACGCUGUAUUAUAGAUUACGAAUAAAAUUUAGAGGUAAACAAAAAAAAAAAAACUAAAAAGACUUUCAAUCCAUCAGACCAAUAUAGUCGUGGCCGUCGAAAAAAAAAUCGUCCAUUAUAAAUGACACGUUUCACACGCAUCAUUCAAGUUACGGACGCGGUGCGCGCAUCGGGCAUCGAGCGCGUACUAGAUGGAAAUCUAUUUUCGUAAAGUCUUACAAACGAGACGAUUUCUGGGUACAGCGUUCAAGUUAUACAGUCUUAUUUAUUUUGAGAGCGAAAGGGCUCGUAGUAAUUCUAAACUUACCCCCUUAAAAUAAGCUAGUGUAAACAUGUGCUUAGUUUUUGUUUGUUGGCCGGCGAUUACAAUAAUUUUUUUUUUUGGUAUUUGAGUCGUCUAUUAUCAAAGGUGGCAAUCUGUGCAUUUGGACAAAAAAAAUUUUUUGAUAUGUCAAUACAGAUUGAUUUGAAUAUAAUCGUCUCCUUCGAAGAAUACGGUUCAAAACCUGCAUUAAAUAAAGGUUAAUAGUUAACCUGUUAUUUAUCUAAGAUGUCGUUCCGAAGAGUUUUGUGACUGCCAAUGGAAUACAAAGUCAAUAAUUCGUUUUUCUGAUUUACCAAUCAUUGUCCAAAAGUCAGAUUGCCGCCUUUGAUAAUAGUCGACUCAUUUACUAGAGUUAUUUUAGCUGGAAGAUUAUUUAGUUAUUUAGGAGAUAUUUAGCUACAAAAACUAAUUUAGGAAAACCAUUAGAAAUUCGAACACGAAUUUUUUUUUAAAUAUCCGACAGAUAAAUAAAUAUUCGCUCAAUGAAACUGUACCAACAGUCCAGCAACAGAAUUACACUUAAAGAUUAUUUGGUUGAAAAAUUAAUGUAGGAUGAUUUUGUGUUUCAUAGAGCUUAAGAGGAUAGGAGAUAUUUAGCUACCAAAAUUCAUUUAGGAACUCCAUUAGAAAUUCGUACACUUUUUUUGUUAAAUACAUUUUUUUUAUUGCCCAUGUAGGCAGACGAGCAUCCGGCCCACCUGAUGGUGAGUGGUUACCGUCGCCCAUGGACUUCAGCAAUGCCAGGGGCAGACCCAAGCCGCUGCCUACCGCUAAAAUUAACCGGCAGCUAAAUUAAUAUUCGCUGAAAGUUUACCAAUAGUCCAGCAACAGAAUUACACUUAUGUCGAUGAAAUACACGAUCUCACUAAUGCAUAUCACCGAUAUGAGCCCAGUUAAAAGCAAAAAUCUAUUUAAAUACUUGUUAUAUUUCUAAAUUGAAAUCGUAGGCAUAUAUGUUUCCCUAUUUCGAUGGAAUCGUCAAAUUGGCCUAAUGGGUGAGUUUGUUAACGAUCGAACCCAAGUCAAAUCCAAAUUAGGUCAAAAGCAGCCUGAUAAAUGUACUUAAAAGAUUCAGAGCAGAUGUUAGAAAAAAAACCCGUUGAAUCUUUAUUGUCUGUGGUUACGGUCACCAAUAUUCUCUAUUAAUUUUCGCACCAAAAUUAAAAGGAAAGGACACGUAAAAAAAAAAUUACUUAAAUCUGUCAUACAAAAGACAUCUGAAUGAUAACUUAAUCACUCGAUGCAUUACCGAACGCCCCGAAAUAUAAACAUUAAAGAUAAUUGACUUUAAAAAAGUCUACCUCGUUCUAACAAGCCCUGAAUUAUGGGAAAUGUCUGGCAUUAACAGACUUCGACAGAAAAUAAAUAAACAAAAUCGUGAAUGCUAUUUUUAUGUUUACUUUGGUAAUGGGUGCGUGGUGUGUUUGGGUUGUGCAUUCGAUUCUAAAAAAUAAACUUAAGUAAAACCAUGUUGCGUGAUAUAGUGUAGGCUCAAUCUGCGGUUUCUUCCACUGAAAGAAAUUAUCUAUGACUUACGGAAAACGAAAAAAAAAAAAUUAUAAAUAUCUAAAUAUAAUAAUAAACUGUGAAAAAUAUUAACGUAAUUAAUCGUACGUUUUAAAAUGUGUUUGAAUCAAAGGAAAGUCGUAAAUGUUGCCAGACAUAUAUCAGUGUUGCCCGUCGGAGAUAUUUAAUUUUAAAUGAGGCAACACCGUUUCUGUGACGCUUCAAAGAACCAACGAAUUGAUGGAAACGUUUUACUGUUCUACAUCAUUGUCUGUUUUGAUAAUUAAAAAAAAAAAUAGCAUGUAACUACAAACAUAAUUAUAUGCAAUCUGUGUCAUACGUAAGUCGAAAAAAAAAUGGGUUCAUAAAAACAUUCACGAUCAUCUAAUAAAAUAGUUUUUAAAACUGGCUAGCAUUAUGCAUUGUCUGCAUUUAGAUCAAGUUCUGGAGUAGGUUAAAUAAAAAAUAAAAAAAUCUAGUCUCAUUACUGACUUAGUCAAUAAUGAGCGGCUCCUUCAAAUUCUUUAGUUGGUCAAAAAAAAAAUGACGCAGUCUUCUGAAAACUCAGCUAAAUUUAACUUGAUUUUUUUUUCAUAUCCGACAUGCCAAUCCAGACGUUUGCAUAAAUGAAUGAUUAUGAUCCAUAAAUAUUUACGAACUAGCGACCCGCCCUCGCUUCGCUUCGGAAACAUUAAAACACACAUGAAACCAAAAAAAAAAAAUAAAAAAAAAAAGUUGCCUAUGUUCAUCAGGGACAAUGUCGGCUUCUAAUGGAAAAAUAAUUUUUCAAAUCGGUCCAGUAGUUUCGGAGCCUAUUCGAAACAAACAAACAAACAAAUCUUUCUUCUUUAUAAUAUUAAGUAUAGAUAGUCACGUACCUAUUUACGGCCAUGCAGUCUUAUUACCGAUUUAAAUAACAAUAAUAAUUGAGGCCCGUUAAACUGAUGUAACCGGGUAAUAAAAUAAAAUUUAAAAAAAAAACAACAAUCUGCCUACGCGUUUGUCUAUGAAUGUUUGUGACUAAUAUGGAAACGGAUAAAUAAACAAAAAAGUUUUGAAUGUAAUAAAAAAUAAUAAUUUAUACGUUUUAUGAAAUGCAUAUUCGGCAUUGCCUCUGUACUCCAAGAUCCUAGGGCCAACUGUGUGAUUAGUGCGUAUUUUUUAACUUCUCGAUCGCGUUAAAGUUAACUCAAAUUUGUAUGGAGUUGGAAAGUAUGCCUACGUUUGCCGCUAGGGGCUCCAUACAAAUGUUACUGGUGGUAGGACCUCUUGUGAGUCCGCACGGGUAGGUACCAGCACCCCGUCUAUUUCUGCCGUGAAGCAGUAAUGCGUUUCGGUUUGAAGGGUAGGGCAGCCGUUGUAACUAUACUUGAGACCUUAGAACUUAUAUCUCAAGAUGGGUGGCGGAUUUACGUUGUAGAUGUCUAUGGGCUCCAGUAACCACUUAACACCAGGUUCACCUACCUAAGCAAUAAAAUAAAAAUAAAAAAAACUCGAUACAUCACAGAAACAUUUGUGUUACAGCUUCAUAGUUGAAAAUGUCGGUUACUAGACCUGAACGGUCUUUAGUGGCUAAUAUAUGCGUCUGGUCGCGAAGACAUCUGAAAGAAGAUAAUCGUUUUGGCACCAGUCAGCGAUGCGAGACAAAAAAAAAACCCAAAAACUUUACUGAAAACAUCUUUGUUAGGUGAUUUAUGGGUCGAUUACAAGAAUUUGCGGUCGUCUUCUGACAAUUAAAUUUAUGAUUUUAUCGCGAGUGAAUCUUGCGCUGGGGCUUUGACACGAAAACAUUAAUAUCUCUACUUCAUAGACACUUUUCUGAAUGUGAUUAUUAGUUUUUCUAAUUAAUUCCCUCACAGAAGUUUAUUUUGUGCGAUCCUCUUGAGGUCUGAGCUUUAUUCGCCUAAUGUUUUUUGGGAUUAAAGAUAGGCGUAGACAAUAAUGUAUCUGCUAUAGACAGGAAUAGGCAAGAAGUUAGUAUUUACAUAACGUUCCGAUUUGAAUAAACGUUUUGGGUCCUUCAUCGUGAAAGUUGGGAGACUAUUUUAAUGAAUUUGGUGUCCGGUUGUUAGAAAAUUGAAAUAAUGUAUAUCUAGUCUUAUGUCGCGACGAGAUAUCAGUUAAGACGUCUUCUGAAUUCAUAAUGAACGUGUUACCGAAAUUGUUGAGUCAUACGUGAAUAUGUUGUCAUUACUUAGCGGCUUCAUUUUACUUGUAAGAGACGUUCCGUAUGAUUUUUCUUUUUCUCGCUCAAAAUUGUCGCUUAGCAAAUUUUCAUUCAGAAUGUUUUGAAUUUUCGCUGUCGUAAUUUAUAGUAUAGUAAGUGCAGCGGCAGCGAAUCAAUGGAUGUCUUCAUUUGAAAAAAAUAUAUGCCUCCAAAAAAAGUGGAUUAUUAAAAAAAUAUAUUUAAAAGUAUUUUUACGGUUAAAUAUUGCGGUUAUUUGAUUACUUUACAGUUUUCGCGUUCGCGGACGACUAAGAUAUUGUUCGUCGACUUGCGAAUAUACUGUUGUAAAUAUUCUCAAGAUUUCUAGAAUAAUUUUUUAAUAUUUUUUUUACUGGUAGCAGGACUUCUAGUGAGUCCACGCGGGUAGGUACCACCACCCUAUCUAUUUCAGCCGUGAAGCAGUAAUGCGUUUCGGUUUGAAGGGUGGGGCAGCCGCUGUAACUACACUUGAGACCUUCGAACUUAUAUCUCAAGGUGGGUGGCGCAUUUGCGUUGUAGAUGUCUAUGGGCUCCAGUAACCACUUUACACCAGGUGGGCUGUGAGCUCGUCCACCCAUAUAAGAAAUAAAUAAAAAAAACAUGACGUUUUCGUAUCUUUGUUAUUCCGUUGAAAAUAAUAAAGAGCGUGAUUAAACCGUAAAAUUAGUUUUAAUUCUCUUUGCAACAUGCGGAAACCGAAAAAAAUACUUUAAAAAAAAUUAAAUUAACUUUUAAUAUUACGUUUACGUAUCAAACAAAGAGAAACAGUUUGAAAAUCAAUCGUGAUUCAAUAUUUCUUAGUACAGUUGUAUUAGUUUGUAAUUAGUUGUGCUGUGUACUUAGAAAUCUAUGAAGAUUCUGCACGGAUAUCUGCUCUGUUCGCACUCAUUGCUUCGGCGUAAUGAGAAAGCGGUAUAGCACUACGCGCGCUUUGUAAGCCUCACUUCCACAAUAAACAUGCCUAUAUAUACAAAAAAAAAAAAAUAUUGACCUCAAUUUUCGAAUCUCGAAAACAGUCCGUUAGUUUUUAAGUAAUGAGAAAUUUGGUAAUUUUAUAAAUAAAAAUCAAAAGUGUUUGUACGUCCAACCAAAAUUACUUGUGUAAUAUGGUGCAAUACAAAAAUUUCAUGUAGCAACAGUAUUGUGAUUUUGUUGUUUUUUACAAAUUUAUUUCAGUUCAGUGGUAUUCAACCAUUAAAAAAAAAUUUUUAGCACUACCCUAAUAUUUACGAUACGAAAUAAUUAUAAGAUUCAAUAUUACUUACGUCAGAUUCCCAGAUUUUGUUUUUUCGUAUAUAUUCCGUAUCUAAUCUAAGCAAGAUGUAUUGGUGUUUAAUAAGUUUGCAAAUUUAUCACAAAAAUACUUUAUAAAAUCAGUGACUAUUGUAAUCUUGAAUAAAUCCGCUAUAUUAAAUCGAAUCAAGAUGUUGUAUUCUAUCAAAAACGCGAAGAAAUAAGACGUUGAUUAUCACCUAUUAGCAAAAAUACGAUUUGCAUUAACGGUAAGAGAAAACAAUAUUUAAAAUUACGUAUUAUACAAAAUGUAUUAGCAGCUUUCGUUGAUGUUUCAAAGCUUAGAGUUCGCUCGUCAAGUCCAUUAUUGCAGAAGUUAAGUGUAAGUGCCGUUACGUGAAAUAAGUACACAAAAACAGAUUCCUUCGAUGUUUCCUGCGAUAGUCAUCAACAUCUUAGGCCUUACAGCCCAGGAUGAGGCCUUAGCCUGGUCCCGUAUGUUACUCCAGAUUGCUCUGUUCAGGGCUUUCUCCUUCCAGUUCUUGACACCAAUAACGGAGGUCCUGCUUUACGCCAUCUAAGCAUCGGAAUUUGGGCCUGCCACGACUUUGCGGCCUUUUGGCUUGCCAUAUAGUAGUCUUGGCUUUCUAGUCUCUAUGCGAACUACAUGUCCUGCCCAUCGUAUGCGUCCAAUUUUUAUAGUUUUUAUGAUAUUAGGAUCCUUGUAAUAUCAUACAACUCGUGAUUAUAGCGUGUCCUCCUUCUUUAAUCGUUUUUCUUGCCAUAGUAGUGGAGAGUUUUACGUUAUGGAUGUCUAUGGACUCCAGUAACCACUUAACACCAGCUGGGCUGUGAGCUCGUCCACCAAUCUAAGCAAUAAAAAAAAAAAAAAAUUGGUUGUCUCAUAACAGUUUGUUAGGCCCCUCACUAAAACAUGGAUAAUCUGCUUGACUUGUGUGUCAUAAUUUGAACUACUGUUACGGUUUUCGCGUAAGUUAGAACCGUAUUUUAACCGUUUCGCGAAAACCAAAGAAAAUAUUUGUAUGUCUCGAUUAUACUUCCCUAUUUCCGCUGUCCAAGCGCAGUCCAAUCAAUCCGUAUAGUUUUCCCUUCUGACUGAAACCUUCGAGCCAUUAAGAUUGGUCAAAAAGGUCCAGAAGGCUUUACAUGUUACUUUGUUAACAGAAUCUAUUUAAACCUUUGAUGAGGAAUUAAUUGACGCGCACUGAAAGGUAUUUAUGCCGGCGGCGUUGCGCAUGCUAAGUGCUUAUACAAGAGACGCACAGACUUGUAUCGUAUAGUUCUGGAAUAUUCUAAACGUUUAUUCAGGUUGGAUUGGCGACAAAAACAAUCACCAUUCCGCAUAGCAAUCUCCGUGAGCGAAGCUACGAACACUUUGUACAAGACACUUCGUGCUUUCGUCGGCAAUACCGUUACUGUAUCUACGGAAUACAGUAAUGGAGUCUUGCAUUUGUGUAUGUGUGUGCCAGUCGUAAAAAGGUUUUUGGCUUCGUUAAUUGGUUAGUGUUUGACAAAAAAAAAAAACGACAGCUUGAUGAGUUUGCGAAUAACAAUUAAUUGAAUUGUACAAAAUGAUAUAGGUUUUUUUUAAAACGUGUUCUCUGAAGUAAUGACACUUUUAUGGCAGGUUUGAAUUUGUGCGCACAUUGCCUGUUUUCCUCGAAUGUCGCCAAAUUAAGGACAAGGUAAGAAGCCAUAAUGGGUCAUCAUAGGUCAUGGGUUAUGUCAAGGACUUCAACGAUGUCCUGAGCUUCAGGAUAACGAUAAUCUUACACUUAAAAACAUUCUACACUAAGAAAAUACAGGGGAUGACGCUACCAACCCGAGCAGAGCCAAUACCGCAAGCCUAAUCACUUCCUCACGACUUAACCAUAAUUGUUCGGAGAAAAAAAUCUUAGUGUAAAUGAGAGGCACACAAACUGACAGUUAAUAGUCAAGACUAGUGGUUAAGUUUAAACAGCUUGAGCUUAACCAUAUAGCCAUAAAUGAGCUUACCCAGUAUUCAGGUUUGGCGAGUUCGCUUGGUACCGACAAGAUCUCGGAUCGGAGCGUAUAGUACUAGAAAAGUGACGCAAGUAAAUCACGAUUUCCAUCUUUAAAUUUCAACUGGAAGCAGCCUGAAUAUUAAUUUGUCUAUAUUUGUAAAUUCUGCCAAUAUGUUCCAAGUAAGGUCUACCCUCAUUUCUAUAUUACAUUAGAAUUUUUAUAUUUCUUGCUGCCAUUAUAUAUUCGUUAUUUCAUAUUAUUUCCCUAUGAUUCUUUUUGGGUCAUGUACUAUAAUUCUGAAGCCCUGAUAGCAAAGGGCACUUGUUCAGGAUGUCUCACUGUUGGUCUCCAUUUUUUUAUGGUUGACAUGCUAUUUUUCCACUCAUUCUCUCCAGCGAAGAAGAAGAUGCAGAAUUUGUACACUUACUCUCCACGCUUCAUUUUGUUGUUCUAAACGUUCCAUCUCCAUUGUCGCCGUUGAAACAUAAAGAUUUUUUUAAACAGGUCAUCAUUAAUACAAGAAUCCAGUUUGUCGAGUUUUUUCAAUGUCAUUAUUGAAUUAUUCUUUAAAGAAUAACUUCAGUGUUUAACUACUUAAAGACUUUUAGUUUGAAUGCGACAUAAUUAUAUGUCACUGAAUUCAAUAAGUACAUAGAAUUAGUAGUAAAAUUAAUGUACUGAUUCAUUUCAAGUAAUGGCGUUUUAAUGAUUACUUUAACAGUUUUUGUAUCUACUAAUAUACUUAAGUCUUUCGACAAAUUUGAGAAAAUUAAGAAUAGUCCUACAAUAAUGAAAUUUAUUAAUCGUGAAUAGGUUUCAAAAAUAAUCCUCACGUAAACUAUUGUUUUUUUAAGGGAUUUUAUGGCCUGGUAGCUAAGACCUUUAAGUCAUGUCUUAUUUUAAUUUAUAUUCUUAUUUUUAUGAAAAAUGAUAAUAUGGAGUGAAAUGAAAUGAGAUGAUAUGGGAUGAAAUUUAUAAUCUUAGUAAAACGGUGGUCAUUUACUAAGAUUUUUUCCGUGGACUUUUUGGAGGAUCCCGAGAAGUUGCGUCCGGCGGCUUUGUUUCAUUUUUCCACAUUUGUGCCCUUUCACAGAUAUUAAACAGUUAAUAAACCACCACUAUUACACACACGACUUCACUCCUCGCGUUCCCGCCAAAAAGUCUCACAUAAACAAAAUGUACCUAUCAAGUGAGAUGAAAUGUCAUAUUACCUUAUUGCCAUUGGACACAGUUAAUUUUGGUUGGAAUUCUAUUUUAUAUUAUCGAACACUACUAACGAAAAUGAUAUUAUAAGCCUGAAAAAUUGUAUUAAAACUAUUGUACGUGUAAAUUACAUUAUUUAUUAAGGGUUUUAAGAAAACGAAGCGGUCGAAAGAUGGUCAUUUCGGUAACUUGAGAUUUAUUAAAGAUCUUUAGAAAAAUCGCGCCUGACAAUGUCAAAUAUAGUUUGUUUAGAAAGAAGAAAAAAAGGACUAUUUUCUAAAAAUAUCAUCGAAACACUUAAAGAGAAAUGAGGUUUAUUUAUAUCUGUUAAACGCGCGGUGAUAAUUUCCUUUUUUUCUUUCUUUCAAAAGAGUCUUCUUAUGUACUUGUAAGAAACUUUUUCGCGGCAGUUUUGACCGAAUGACGAUUUAGUUAUUGAAUACAAUUUAUAAGCAUGGUUUAGAAAACUUCCUACGUAGCUUUGAACUCUUCGAUUGAGAUUUAAGAUGCUUUAGAAAAUGUCCAGUGAAUAUCUUAAUAAUGAACAAAAUAUAUUUGACACAAAACAGUAUUCGCUCAUAAAAGGUUGUAUAUUAAUAAAAAAAAUAUAUGAAAAAUAUUCUCGUUUGAUAAAAAUUAUACUAUUUACUAUUUUAAUUGCUUUAUUAUUUUGAAUUUUUUUUAUAAUUUACUUUUUUACGCUAAUUAACAAAAAUGUUCUAUAAAAAAAUUGGUGCUAUUAGUCUGUUUUUUUUUUGUUUUUUUUUUUUAAUUAUAUUUUUGACUGAUUUUUUUAUUUGUAUCUUCGAGUAUUAUUUUGUACUUAAUAUUAAAUAUAGGAAUAAUAUAUUGACGCUUCAGCUACCUCUUGAAAUGUAUUAAGAAAAUUAAUAUUAGCAUUUAAACGAACCGCCCAUCAAGAUUUGCCCCGGGAAAAACACCGGGUGAAUUUCUUCAAGUUACUGAGAUGACCUGUUUGUAUUCCUAAACUAAAAAAGUAAUCCUGAAUUAUUCUAACGAUUGAACAAAAACAGAUACUUAAUAGGUGAAUAGGUAAAUUUUGUUUAAAAGCGAUUUUACGGUUUUAAAAUAGAUAUUAAAGUUUACAGCCGGGCCUAAACAAUGUUUAAGUAAGUUUGUAACGUGUUUCUACAGAUUGAUUUGAAUUUAUUAAAAAAAAUAUAUAAAUAAGAACAAAAUGAUAUAUUCCGAACAAAGUUACUCGUAUUAUAAUCUAAUUUUAAACCGUAAAGAUGUUUUUAAACGCAUUUUCAAAUUGUCGAAUGUGAAAUAUGUAUUAGGAGUCGAUCAGAAUAUUAAUAAUGCUGUUAGAAAAUUAUAAGAAACACUGUGUAUAUUUUUUGCGUAUGUAUCGUUAUGUAUUUGCUAAAUAUACAAAAAAAAAACCGCGGCCAUAACGUUUUGUUUAAUGAAAUUAUUAUAAUCGAUGAGGGGAGGCAGAAAAAAACCACACACUGUAUAAUAAACUGGUUCCGAAAGAUACGUCUCGUUCUAACUCUAGAUUAAUGAGCGAGACAGCUACAGAUUCAGUAGAUUUCUUGAUUUAUGGUUUUAGUUCGUACUUCAAUAACGUUAAGGUGCUAUUUUUUUUUUUCAAACUUCAUUCUUUCUCGAGAUACUGCCUCACGACCUUGUAUUAUGGGACGAAGCAAAAGGAAAUUGUUGUUUAUUGAGAGUUUCUUUUUUUUUCUUUUGUAAAAAUUAGCAAUUAAUAUACAGGUCAGAAUAAAACGGAAAUACCUAAUAAGUACAUUUGUGUAAGUGGAUGGAUUUGUAAAUAAUAACAAUAAUGUGUAAUAAAUAAUAAUAAUAACAAUAAUGAUUAAUACGUUGUUAAGUAUAGGUACAUGUAGGUAUUUAUUUCUACGUUUUCGGGCCUUUGUUAAAAUCCAAAGUAUUUAAUUUAUUUUUCGACCAAUAAAUGUUGGAAAGGA